GGAGGUUGAAGAAAGGCCUGUAAGGGGAUGUGGAGUUGAGAGCUUAGAAGAAGAGAAACGAAGAUAGAGAGAUGUUGUUCCAAGUGGGAGGGCAAGGGGCUCGUCCCACCUUCUUCGAGAUGUCCGCCGCUCAGCAGCUUCCCGCUAGUCUCAGAGCCGCCCUCACCUACUCUAUCGGUGUGUUGGCAUUAAGAAGACCGUUUCUCCAUAGGGUGUUAGACUAUGAAGACGAGUUCUUUGCCUUAUUGAUGCUGGUUCUUGAAUCUCAUAGUUUAAGAACUACAGAUGCUUCUUUUUCUGAGUCUCUAUAUGGCUUGCGGAGGAGAGCUGUAAGGAUAAGAGUGAAGAAGGAUAAUCCUCUUUCAGACUCCAGCGAUGUGAUUCAUCACUCUGGAUUAGAAAAGUAUCAAAAACGCCUCUCGGUUUUAUUUCUGGUUGUUUUGCCAUAUUUUAAAUCAAAAUUGCAUUCAGUCUACAACAAGGAAAGAGAAGCAACACUUCAAGCUAGUUUAUGGGGUCAUGGUGAUGAAAGAUUUGAUGAUGCUGAUUAUUUUUCUGAAGAAAGGGGUUCUCUCAUUCCAACAAGAGCUUCAGAUGUCGAAGUUUCAGUCAGAGCACGAUUGACAAAGAGAUUUCAAAAAUUUAUAGGCAUUUUCUACCCAUGGCUUCAUGCUGGCAAUGAAGGAUUAUCAUUUGCCUAUCAGCUGUUAUAUUUGUUGGAUGCUACUGGAUUCUAUUCUCUAGGACUACAUGCUCUUGGGAUUCAUGUGUGUCGAGCUACAGGACAAGAGCUGAUGGAUACUUCUUCUAGGAUUUCAAAGAUAAGGAGUCGUGAACGUGAUAGGCUUCGUGGCCCUCCAUGGUUGAAGGCAUUGCAAGGAGCACUGCUCAGCUGCACCUAUACUAUGCUUGACUAUGCACAAACUGGGCUAAUUGCAGCAGUAUUCUUCUUUAAAAUGAUGGAGUGGUGGUACCAAUCUGCUGAGGAAAGAAUGUCAGCUCCAAGUGUCUACCCCCCACCACCUCCCCCUCCACCUCCAAAGGUUGCUAAAGAGGGGAUUCCACUCCCAUCUGAUAGAACAAUAUGCCCUCUAUGCUCACAGAAGCGUACAAAUCCAUCAGUAGUUGCUGUAUCAGGGUUUGUCUUCUGCUAUGCUUGCAUAUUUAAGUAUGUUUCUCAGUAUAAGCGAUGCCCAAUUACAUUGAUGCUUGCAAAUGUCGACCAGAUAAGGAGGCUGUUUCAUGAUGUGUAGCAAACCCCAUUGGGCUUUGUAGGAAUAAUAACCAAGUCAACACAAAGCAGACAUGCUGAGAGGUGAAGGGUUUUACAAGACAAACAUAAUAAUGUGAUUCCUUAUAUCACAAAAUCUUUUUCUCAUGUGGCCAGAUUGAAUCCACAAUUACCCAACUGCAGUAUCAUUAGACACAUGCCUUCAGAGAGAACCAUUGUCAAUAUGUUAGAAUUAGAUGUAUAAAUAAUUUGGCGAGUGUACCCUAAGAAGAUUGUGUGUAGGAACACAGGUUGCAAACAAUCAAUUGAUUACUGCACUGCAUUAUGCUCUGGAAACAAAUCUUAAAUGUUUUUUUCUUCUUUUCACAAGUAUAAAUAUAUUUGGAAGUGCAAAGUAUAAUUAUGUCAUUCAAGGUUGUGUAAGUUGAUUUAAUUACACUUGCUGCAAUAAUAAUCAGAUUUUGGAAGGUACCUUGCUUA